CCUUUGAGCUCAUCGCUUUGGAACGGAACGCUCCGUGACAGCGUUUGCUAAGCUUCAUGAGCUGCGCUCUGCCAUAUAACUCUCACACACAAUGAGAGAAGAAAAAAAUAACAAAAAUAGCAAUAAAGAAGAGUGAUCACAGUAUAAACCAAACACAAGAGACACGACAUACCUUCCUACCCUCACUCUCACCUAUGCCUAUGCUUUUUGGUUAUGUGUUUCUAAGCCUCUCUUUCUCUCUCUCUCUCUCUCACGCACAAACCUAUUAUAUCCUUUCUGAAGGGAAGGAAGGAGGCGCUUUCUGCUUAUAACCUCCACAUGCGUACCCGUAUCUUCUCCGGCUCCUACAGGAAGAAAGAAAAGCGCAGAUCCCAAGACCCAAAGGAGCACACCGUCCCUCUCCUGUUGCGUUCCAUAGCUGUUCCUUUCUCAGCACCGGUCACCCCCUGCUUGUUAAUCGUUCGCCAUAGGAGUAUUUCCUCUACCUCCGUUGUUCCACAAAGGAAGCAGAAGAACAAUGAGAGCGUCUGCUGUCUCGAUGCAGCUCGCUCUCUUCCUCGUCUCCGUCGCCUCCCUGGCGGCUUCCCUUGCCGACGGAGUCACCCCGCAGAUCUACUCCGACGAGCAACAACCUCUCACCGCCAGUGAGUUCGACUCGACUACUGUCCCGGCCUUCCCGUUGGCUCGGACGGACAACCACAGCGCGUGCCGACUUGACCUCUCUGACGAGCUCUUUGGGGGAGUCGGGGACGCCUGUGUCCGCGGCGGCCUCGACCGGAGCCGCUGCUGCCCCGUGCUCGCCGCCUGGCUCUUCGCGGCGCAUGCCCGUUCCGCCCUGGAGAUCCGCCCGCCGCCUGCGGCGGAGGACGGGCUGGGUGGCGCGGACGGGCCGAUGAUGCCGGACGACAACCAGAAGUGCGUGGACUCGCUGCAGAGCGCGCUGGAGCGGCGUGACAUCCGCCUGCCGCGGCCCAAUGCCACCUGCGACACCGUGCUUUGCUACUGCGGCAUCCGCCUCCACCAGAUCGGGUCGCUCCGCUGUCCAACCGCCUUCAACGUCAGCGGCGGCGCCAACGCCGCCCGUAACGUCACUCCGACGGCAUCUGUUCGGCAGCUCGAGCGCGACUGCCGGAAUGCUUCCUACGCUGGCUGCAAUCGCUGCCUCCACUCGCUGGAGAAGCUGAAGGAGACUGGUGGCGGUGUUGGGGGCGACAACGGGGAUCGCGCGACGAAGAUGCUGGGGCGGGACUGCCAGCUGAUGGGUCUGACGUGGCUGCUGGCGAGGAACAAGACGGCGUACAUCCCCACCGUGUCAGCCGUCCUGCGUGCCGUGCUCUACAGCGCCCACCCACCGCAGGCCGAUGGCAGUGGAGGAGGGUCCGGCUACAAGUGCAGCCCGGACCAGGAGAACAUGCCCCUCGCCGUCGACUCCCUCCAAUUCCCGCACCAACCUGACUCCGCCGCCGCCGCCGCCACCACUUAUCGUUCCGCCUCCCCUUCCGCCCUCGUGCUUUCUUCCAUCCUGCUGCCCAUCCUGCUGCUCUCUCGUCUUCCCCUGCUAACUAUUUUCCAGAGGACGGCGGUCAGUGCAGUCAACAAUCAUACAUAAACUGUAAUGUGUGGUGCCGAGCAAACCAAAAUUGGCGAUUAGGUGAGGUUGAUGAUAGAAUAUGACGUUGUCAGAGAGCAUUCAUGGUGGUGGAAUCGGCUGCCUAAAUCAUGCGUGAAUUGACACGAACCAGAUACUGGUGCUGCUACGUUGAUCUCUCCGCAACUUAGCAGAAAUCGAACCGCGGAGUGUUGUCAUGGACGUGUUUUGGGGCCAUGAGGACGCCGGCUUCGUCAGCCACCGCGGGCAACGUCUCAGCCGUCUCCCGUAGCAUCCGCGCGACACGAAGCGUUCAUUCUCGUCUUUUCUUAACGGCUGCUCCCUUUCCAUUGGCAAUUACCGCUUAAACUCGAGGUUUUCAUUUCAUUUUACCAAAUAUUGGGGCUUAUUUUAUAAACAUUUAUUUUUCAAAUUUGAAAUAUGAUAUUAAUAUGCCAAAAGACAUACUAAAUUGAUCCGAAAUUUAAUUACAUAAAUGGUUGGU